ACAGCAGGUGGCACCAAAGUGAUACAUCCAAAACAUUACGAUUAUCAUUAUAUAGUAACAAAAAUCUACGUUCAAUUGUGCAGAUGUAUGCCUUUCUUUAUGCUCCCCCAAAUACUAACUUAUAUAAAAACAAGGCAGGCGUAUACUGUCUUUAUCAAAGUAUUUUUUACAAAAAUAAUUUUUCCAUCUCUAUUUUAUUGUCUAUUUGUUAACCCACCGAAGAAAAAGAAACGAUACAAGGAAGUAGGAAGAGAUUUUGAUAUGUUAUUUUGAAAGCAUAAAUUUUUAACCACUGUAAUAAUAUAUAGAUUUUAUUGAUCGCUCCAUAUCACCAACAUUGCCUGCCUAAACCAGACGCACGAUUUUAGAACGUGAUGGGAAAUGGCGGAACCAGAAACUCAACUCAUGUUAAGCGUUGGAUUAAUCGAGAAAGACGUUAAUGGGGACAGCUUGUGGGUGUGGUGCUAUCCCUCAGUCAGGCCUGAGCUCCGGGAAGUCCUGCUGAAUAAGUGCUGUCUCACACAGGACAGCCAAGGCCUGCACACCUUUGUGUUCAGCCAGUUCUGCCGUACCUGGUACUACAUAUCCACUGUUGAGGUGCAGGAACCCACAGCACUAAAGAAGGUCACACAUUUUUCAGUACUUGUCACAGCAAAGGACUUCAACCCAGAGAAGUAUGCUGCAUUCAGUCGAGUACUUUGCAGGAUGUAUAUGAAACAGGGAAGCCCAGUGAGAAUGAUGGAGAGUUACAUUGCAGUCCUCACCAAAGGCAUCUGUAAAAGUGAUGAAAAUGGGUCCUUUCUCAUCAAGGACUAUGACAUCAGGAAAGCAUACUUAGCCGGCUCGGUGAAAGAUGUGGUGGCCCAGUUUGGGAUGGAGACCAUCAUUCUGUACACGGCUGUUAUGCUUAAGAAAAGGAUUGUGGUCUAUCACCCUCGGGUUGAAGCGCUCUUGGAGUUCACAAGAGCCCUUCCGGCGUUGACGUGGCACAGGAAAGACUGGUCCAUUCUGCACCCUUAUGUGAGGCUGACUGACAGUGAGCUGGUGAAUCUCAAGAAAUGCACUGGCUAUGUCGCAGGAUUUAUUGAUCCAGAAGUGAGGAACAGAUCGGAACUGUUCGAUGUGUUUGUAAACCUUCCAGAUAGGGAGAUCACCAUAUCCCAGCACGCCAAAGAGGCUAUGGCGAUGGGAAAGCUGCACAAAGAAAUUGGAGUCCUCAUUGUCCAGUCUGCAGGGGAUGCUGAUAGAACAGAAGGGCAAGUCAUCAAGGAUAUUUCUGUGAAGACUAGGGAGGUCCUGGCAGACCUGGCGUCAAUUGCAGAGGAGUGCGAUAAUUCCAAAAUCACCCUUGAGACCUUAAAGCACCGUCACUUCCCACCUGCUACCGAGAACUUCCUUUUCCACCUGGCAGCUGCUGAACAGCUCCUCAAGAUAUGACCCUUGACCUUUUACAGUCUUGGCCAAAACUACUGGCGUCCUUGCACUUUCUUUGAAUUACUCAGUUGUCUGUAACAAAAUUUGGAAUUGACCAAAGUAUUUGGUCUCCACAAUACUUUUUCACUGUUAAUAUUAAGGAACCUUUUUCUUUGACCUGGAACACUAUAUAUAUCUAUCUAGUCAAAGUAUUUUAUUUAUUAAAUUCACCAAAUAACACUCUGAACAAUUAAUCAUUCUGAAAAUUCACGGUAUCUACAUGGCACACGGGUAAGCAUUAAGAAAUAUAUAAUGCAAAUAAUAUAGCAAAAUGCUUUGAAAUAAGAAAAUUAACAGAAGUGGCACUGACAAAAUUGACACCCUAGACUCAAGUGCUUCCUAUUGCCAUAGACCAGGUUCCUGCACCUCUGUACUAGCAGUUUGACCCUGUAUUCUUGUGAAAACUGCUUGAGUUCUCCAACAUAUGAAGGGUGCCUCUCAGCUACUGUCUCCAGAGCUGUACUCAGGUUUUCCAUAGGAUUCAGAUCUGGAUUCAUUGCUGGCUAGCAAAAGUCCAGCAUUGUCUUGAACAAUUCCUGGUUGCUUUUUUAAGUGUGUUUUGGGGUCAUUGUCCUACUGGAAGACCCAUGACACAAAUCUAGCUUUCUGACACUGGUUUUGACUUUGCACUCCAAACUUGGCAUUCUCUUGGAGAUGGACUUGUAGCCUUGAGAUUGUACAUGUUUGGCUACAAUCUUGUCUGACUACUGCAGAUAAUUCUGUGGUUGCUUUCUUUUCUCCAGGCUUGUUUCGGUACACAUAGAAACACAAAACAGGAGAGAGUUCUCUAUUCAAAAUGGUUGAGUUGGUGAUUCAUAUUGCUGGCACCUGCAGCUUGCCACAAGUGAGUUCAAUUCCAAAGAGAAUCACCUGCUUGUAAUCAAAAUAUUUUUAAAUACUUUAAGGAUUUCUUUGUGGAAUUAACUAAAAUUAUCUGCAAAUCGAGCAUACAUAUGCGGAUAGUUUUUUUGAAUUUCAAUAGUUUUCUAGAAUAAAUUGUGCAUUAUUUGAAGGAAGUGCAAAGUAGUCAAUACAUUUGGGUACGACGUGUACACCACUAUGGUAAACCUAAGUAUUUGCAUUAGCUUAUCUAUGUCAUUUUACAUAUACUGUAUGCUGCAGUAAGAACUGUGCACUUGCUUCCACAUCAUGUAUAUUUACAAAGUUUUUACAUUUAUUAUGGAAAUGGUAAUCUCCAGGAUAUAAAAACACUUAUUAUACAAGUAUACACUGAUCAGCCAUAACAUUAUGACCACUGACCGCUGGAUAACACAAGUGAAUAACACUGAUAAUCUCAUUAUCAUGGCACUUGAACAUUCUGCCAUCAAAGUUGAAGUAUUAGAAGCAGGAAAAAUGGGCAAGCGUAAGGAUCUGAGAGACUUUGACAAGGGCCAAAUUGUGAUUGCUAGACUG